GCUUCACGCGUUCCACCCCCUUCAUCUCUCUCGUCCCCACCGAUAUCUCGGUCUCCAAGAAUGGCAGCCGCGCGCGAUCUCCUCCCCCUCCUGACGCUCCUCCUCUUCGCGGCGGCGGCGCCGGCGCCCUCUGCGGCGACCAAGUUCGUCGUCGGCGACAAGCAGAACUGGGCCCCCAACGUCAACUACACCGCCUGGCCCGACAAAUACCACUUCCAUGUCGACGACUGGCUCCAGUUCAACUACGAGAAGGACAUGUACGACGUGGUGCAGGUGGCCGACGAGGCGGCGUACCAGAAGUGCGACCCGAGCAACCCCGUCGUCCGCUACGACCGGGGCCGCAACUACGUCAUCCAGCUCAACCGCACCGGCCGCUACUACUUCAUCUGCAGCCGCGGCUACUGCUGGAACGGCAUGAAGGUCACCGUGCUCGUCGAGCCGCGCCCCGCGCCGCCGCCGUCAGCCAUAGCGCCGUCCGCCAGCGGCGCCGUCCCCGUCACCGGGGUUUCGUCGUGGGCUCUCGCCGCUGCCGCCGCCUCGCUGUGCGCGGCGGUUCUGGAUUUGCCGUUUGCGGCGUGAUCAAGACGGAUGCAUGAUGAAUUGCGAUUCCCUUCACGGUAGGAUUGCGCCGUCCAGGCUCUUAACUCCUUUAUUUGUGUGGCCAUGUAUGGAAAGUACUUACUGACUAAGGUAGCGUGCUUUGAUGA